UCGAGGUUCUCUACAUCGAUCGUCACUUUGACCCGGAUUGUGAUCACGUUUCAAAUUAACUUUUCCACCAUCCACCAGCUCCAGAAUCUCCACCGCCGCAAACACAAGAAUCGAUUCCAAAAGCCUUCGUCCUGCUGCCUAAUUAAUGCAGUCCCGUCGCGCUCACGCUCAUUUUCCUCCUUAAAUUUUCCGCACCAAAUUCUCUCGUGGGGCGCAGAAAACACAAGCCAAAGAUCAGAAGAGAGCACGCGGAGGUCAUGGCGGUGGAUCCAAGCGCCGCCGCGCAGGCGGAGGCCGCGGCGCGCCGGAUCGAGGAGGCGGAGGCCUUCUUCCGCGCCGCGCCGCCGCUCCGCGACCGCGACCGCCUCGCCGCCAGCCUCGCCGACUUCGUCGCCCGCCACGCCGCCGGGAGCGGCGGAGUGGUGUGCAUCACCUCCGGCGGCACUACGGUGCCCCUGGAGCAGCGUUGCGUGCGCUUCAUCGACAAUUUUAGCUCCGGCCAGCGCGGUGCCGCAUCCACCGAGUAUUUUCUCAAGGCCGGCUACCCUGUCAUCUUCAUCCAUCGCCGUGGGAGCAAGCAACCUUACUGUAGGUUUCUUCCAGAGGAUUCCUUUCUCGAUCUUUUUGAGCUCGGUGAAGACUCGGAGAUCCAAGUUCCACAGUCGCAUUCCUCGGUGGUAAAGGCAGCAAUUAGCAAUUACCGGAAGGCAAUUGAUGAAGGCCUUCUUCUCAAACUCCCUUUCACAACAAUUUUUGAGUACCUUCAGUUACUACAAAUGGUAGCUAUUUCUAUGAAUUGCUUGGGGCACCGUGGAAUGUUUUAUCUUGCUGCUGCAGUUUCCGACUUCUAUGUUCCAUGGGAAACUAUGGCUAAACAUAAAAUUCAGUCAGCAAGUGGCCCUUUGAACAUGCAACUCAACCAAGCCCCUAAGAUGCUUUUCAUCCUCCGGAAAAAAUGGGCUCCUGCUGCAUUUUGUGUAUCCUUCAAGCUCGAAACAGAUCCUAAUAUUCUCCUACAGAAGGCAGAAAUGGCUUUGGAAAAGUAUGGUAUGAACGUUGUGGUGGCAAAUGAACUUGCAAACUACAAAGAUGUAGUAGUGAUGGUCACAAGCAGCAGGAGGACGACCGUGAGCAGGAGCAGCAAGGAGGAAGACCUGGAACUGCAGCUAACUGAUCUCCUGGUGAAGAUGCACUCCGAGCACAUUGCACAGCCCAAUUUGUAGGACCGUUGAGAGAGCGAACGAGAUGGUCACAUCAGACAUGGUGGCGAGUCCACCUGGUUCGUCAUCAGAUGCCCAUCAAUGUGCUGCAGCAGAUUAAUACCAAAGUUAUAACCCACGCCAAUACCUGUAAGUUUUUUAACAUAACCUAGCUAAAGCAGGUGAUGUGAUGCACUGUUCAUGUGGCGAAGCCGCGCCAUCCUAGCUAAUUAGCUAUCGGCUUUUUAAUAAACUUGCUGCUAUUGAGUCAAACUGUUAUGGUAGAAUCGCCAAUUGGAUGAAUCAUUUUUUUUUUGAAGGCUGAAA